ACGUGCUGACUGUUCUGAGUGAAUGUGGGUUCAUUUCCUCCGUGUGUUUCAGGGAAUGGCUUCACACGGACGAGGCCGCUCCGCUGGUGGUUCCGCCUCGCACGGAGAGGAGCGUCGAGGGACGACGUCGUCGCCGGCAAGGGAAACGAGUCGGGGAGUUGGAGGUGGGGAGGAAGAACGACGUGCUCAAAACUUGUGGUGCGACUACAACAAACGUGUCUGGUAUUUGGACUGGGCGAGCCAGGACGGCUCCGACCCGUUGCAACCACCGUGCGGGCCGCUCUUGUUCGUCACCGUUCGCACCGACAGAACGCGUCUCGCAGGGUCCAUCGUCCAGUGGGUUGACGAUGGCGAAUACAAUUUCAAGUUUACGUUGAAGAAGCAUUACAGAAGUGAUGGUUCUGUCGACGGCAUCGCAAAGGGAUGCAAGGUUGCCGGGAGGAUGUUCGGCGGGUAUGGUCGUCGUGCGAUGUCUUUGACUCACUUUCUCCCGCUAGCGCCGGGGCACGACGAGGCCGUUCACGUCACAGACUUCCUCAAGGUCAGGGCGAAAUCUGGUACCUCUGUCAGUGUCGUGGACAUUGGACCUVGAACAUCGAUCAGUGGUCCUGUUGGGUUCGCGGGAGGAGAGUGCUCUGAAAGGGAGAUGGGAAGUCAGGGUGGCCUGCCAGCUACACCUCCUGAUCAAGAGGUGGGCAUGUCAGACGACUCGGAGGACGACCAUCUGCGUGCUCCUUUGAAACCGGGCUUGCAUGUAUCUCGCCGCCACGGUUUGCUUGGGGAGUCGACUCCACAUGGAGGCGGCGAUGGCGAACGGUUGCGACAGGGCUCAGAAUCGACGACUCCUCGUUGUCUGGUCGAAAGGAUCAGUUCGUUCGUUCGUGGCAUGCAGGUGGCCGAGGUUUCGCCUGGAGAUCGAGCGGGUGGUGCGCAGGUUCGAGAGGAACGAGAAGCAAGUGGGAACGUCGCCUGUGAGGAGGAGGUGUCCGAGCAGGGGCUGUUCCGUGAGAGAUCGGCUGAAAAGACUCGGUCGGGAGGCAAGCGCAACUUGCUGGAUGAGGAAGAGCGAGAGGGACUAGGUGCUCUGAAAAGGCAGAGAAAGGUAGGAGGGAGUGCUCGGAUGCCAACAACACAAGAGGGCGGUUCCGUUGAGAAGAGGAAAAGGGUUGGAGGUGGGGAUGAAAUGCCAAAAGACUCCUCGACACAGCGAAGAACCGGUGCGUCUUCCGAGAAAAGGGCGAAAUCAUCGAGGGGGAAGAAAGCAGACGAGGGCGAUAGCGGGGAGGGGGAUGACGACGUGGAGAUUAACCUCAACGCCUUUAACCUCAACAAUGCGUUCUUCCUCGAGAUGCAGACAGGGGUGCAGAAGGACGUCGUGUUGCACAUCCAUCCCGAAAGAAUAUUAGUUAUUCCUAACUGGGAAGACGCGUACAACCACCGAUCCUUGGACGAGUUCCUCGUUGAUACCAUCGCGUCAGCUAUGAUCGACUGCUACGAACGUAAAGACAUGAGAUACACGAAGCCCAUUUUCGUUCUCGCUCCGAUCGUCGCGCCUCCAGAGAACGGCGAGCCUGCUGUGCGCGUGAUGCCUGCUGACUUCGACAACUCACACCCGGAGAGAUACUGGUAUUAUCCUGUGUGUGGACAGCAUAACGCGAGGGCGGCGAUGAUGGUGAAAGACCAUCCCGUGUUUGAUUACUACAACUUCUGACGAGGUGCGAAAGUGGGUGCGGUUCAUGGCGUUGGCAAUGAAGAAGACGUCGUACAUGCCUAUCUGAACCUGUCAACGGAAGCAAAGAAAAGAAAGGAAUGGGCUAAGAAACUUCGAUACUACCUCCCGCUGGCCAUGGCAGAUGACUCCGUCUUCGCUUUGGGGUUGAAGUUCUAUGAGGAGUGGUCGAAAGGGAAACUCCUUGCUUCCGACGGUCGGCGUUGGACUGAAAAGCCGCCCACCCAUGAGGAGGUGGCCAAGCCAGGACUCUCCACUGUGACUGACAACCAGGGGCUGAAGAAACACGUCUGGUACGUGAAGGUGGACGACCCGUCGUUGAAAAAGGGCAGGGGGAAGCCAAAGAAAGGCGCGGAGGAGAAAACUUUCUACGUCCAAGUUCCAGAGCCGGAUGUCCACUGCUGGAAGGAAUUGGUGGACUUGACGGACCGCGAGAAGAAAAUGUUGUUGAACGGCGUCUUGAACCUUAACGCCGUGUGGGUUCAAACGAGUAACAAAAAGUUGGCCGAGCAGGGGAAGUUCAGUGUCAAGGAGAUGGUCGACAUAAUAAAAAUGGACCGGAUUAUGUUGAGGCUGUGGCACUGCGUGGAGUUUGAGUACGAGGAAAUGGAUAAGCGGGGGUGGAAUGCCAACUCCACGUUCUUCAGGUCCAAGAAGCAACUGUUUGAAGAGUUCAAGGACAAAGGUCUCGACGACAAGCUUGGGAACGAGAGCAGGAAAUUUUUCACGGACACCACAUACGUCAACAAGUGCCCUCAAUUUCUCGGGUGUCAACACGACAACAACAUCAAGAGAACGGCGGCCCUCGUCAACGACCAGCAUUUCCCGGUGGAGUGGAAGCGYGUCGUCCUUUCGGCGCUGGGAACACUAGGGCAUCAGCUACGCUCCCACACUUACGUGCUCGACUUGUGCGGUGCUGUGGACCGUGCGCAAUGGGACUCUGGGGCAUUCGCAUCUCUGAGUGAGUUGCUGGGCUUCRUUUGUCAGGACUACUGGACAUUGGUGGUAUUCGUCCCCUGCCUGUGGAACCUCUCCUUCAUGACAUGUUUGUCUACGCUUGGGGCUACCCGAUGCUACACGGGGAAGUGGGUUCGGAAGACGGCAUCGAAGAAGACGCAUCAGUUUGGAAACAGCGUCUGGGAGGAACCGGAUGUGAUGCACAUCCUUUUCAAAGGUGAGGAUCCUCGGCUACUGACUCACCCGGUGUACGAGGGAGCUGUUGCUGAAGACGACGACGCCGCUCUCCGGAGGAAACAGAAAGUGACACCCACGGAUGUGGAGGAGAAGUCUUUCAAGUCUUUGACUUUCGCGGACAUCGGAAACCUGACCCAGAGGGGGGCUCUGUACAAGGACGGCGAGCGGAAUCCGAACCAGUUAUGCAAUCAGCUUCUUUUCUUUUGUGGUGUGGCGGAUGUCGUGCUGUUCUUGGGCAAGCCGCACGCGCAGGUGGUGUGGAGUCUGCUUCAGCAGGGAAGGCACGUCUUGGCCGUGGAUAGGGACACAACGCAGCUCGAAUACACCGUGCAGUAUGUCACCCAUGAAGUGUCGUCCAAGGCUUACCCAUGCGAUUUCCACCAUGUCGUGGCCGGGCCCGUUUAUGACCCGAACAAGGACAUGUUCUUCAAGUUGACUCCGAAGAAAAGGCGCCAGGUCUACUCCUUCCUUUACGGCGAACAACCAAGGUUGAGAUUUGACCCGYAGUACGUGGUGCGGAAGGAAGUCGCCAUUGCGGUCCUCCAGGGCUACCACGGAGCGAGUCGGGCCGGCGCUGUGAGCUUCAUUAAGAGGCUGGAAUAUGUAUUUUUUAACGAGGAUGUUGUCGAUCCGGCCGACUUCACUUUGGAUAAGUAUAAGCUGGCAUUCGGUGAGGAGGACGACUUCAAUAUCGAGACUGAGCAGGAGGAGAGCGUUGAGGACGACCUCUUCGAUUUGGACGGGCAAUUGGCCAUCUUCAACGCCCAAGUUUCUGAGUCGCCAUCAGUAUGCAAACCGGGGACACCUCUUGCUGAACCUACCUCGGGCGGUCCCACGCCCGUGUCCUCCUCAGCGCCCGUCAAGAGGGGUGGGUUGUCCCGUCUGAGGAGUUCGCCGGGGGAGCCUAUUCACCAUUUCCAGCCCGUCCUUCUCGACGGCGAACGGGCAGUGGUUGUGAGGGACGUAAGUGGAGAGGGGAUAUAUGACGAUCGUUGGGACCUCGAGAGAUUCAAAUCCCGCGCCUACGAUGCGGUAUUGGAGAGAUUAAGUGAGGUUAAUCGACGAAAUAAGGACGACCCUGCUCUUCGCGAAUACGGGGACACGCUGUUCGAGUUCUUGCAGUCAAAUAAAUGGCUAGAAGUGUCCUCCACGUUCUAUGCCCUUCCGUCAAGCCCGUCAAUUAAGCAAGUGAGUUGGGAGUUGCCUGGGGUCACCCCGCCGGCAGGAGUUGUGAAGCGCAAGUCUUGCGGAAAGGACGGCGACGGGGAUGGUGAAGGCGGCGGGCAACGAGGUACCGAAGGUGGAAGUGAACAACGAUCGACGAAACAACGGUCUUCGGGGCACGCAGGCAGCGGAGAGGGGAGAAAGGGCAGCCGGGAGAAGAAGAAGCCUCGCAGCGGAGAGAAGACAAAGCAUCACAGAGGAGACGAGCAGGGGGCCGAUGUCGACCGCGACGAGGACGGAGGGGUUCUGGCGGUAAUAGGCAGCACCUCAAUGGAGACAGGGAACGACUUGAGGCCUGGGUGUAUUACGCGGCCUGGCGAGCAGGACCCUGUGAUUAGCUCCACCAGCGAAACACAAUUUGUCGAUGCGGUUGGCGGGGCGGGKGUCGCAAAGCAUGGAACAUGCUUCGCUCAGCUCCAAAAACGGUUGGCGGAUUGUCUCGGAUCAAUCCGAACCUCGGAGACGACCUCGUUGUCCGGAACUCGAUGCCUUCCGGGAAGCGAGACGACAACAUACCACGGGUCCGGCAGCGACAAGCUGGAACCGUUAAUGUUGUGCGUGGAAGCCCACAAGGAGCUGCAGACGGACUGUCGGACUGAGGGUGAGUUGGCGACCAGUUCCAAUGUCGAGCCCAACAGACUCGCAGCCAAGUUAGCAGUCGUAAGCGACUCCCCGGUGAAAGUAGUCAUGUCGGCGUCAUUGGAAACUACGGGGGCUCGGAUGAAUCCGAACCAGGGCCCUGUGAACAUCUCCCUCCCUGAUGCAUCUUUGGAGACGACCGUGAUUCGGAUUCAUCCGAGGCACACGGACGAAGGACUUCAACUGGCAGGCGUUGAGGGUUGUCGACUACUGACGACUUUGGACAAGGACAAUUCCGCCGACGACCGGAUUGAUCCGACACUCAGCGACGUCGGGAUGGAGCUACCAGUUCAGCCGGGAUACGACGAUCCCUUGAACUCCGCCCUUCACAACGAGGCGAUGGGGGAGGACGUUCUAAAGAAGGCCUCUGACGCUGUUGGAGAUAGAUUUCUCUAUUUGAGUGACGACGACAAAGACACAGCGUACGGGGACAAGAAGUUAAGGGGGGGAGAGGUGUUGUUGGACAUCCAUGGGACAUUUCGCCCAACACAAUACGACACAGCGGCAAUGGAGAAAACACAACCUGUCGAUGUUGUGGACGUCGACGAUCUUUGUCCGGAGACGAAUAUACCGUCUACGGUCAUCGACGCCGACAUCUCGAGCCUGUCAAGUUUCCCUGUGGGUUUGGAGCACGUCGUCGCCGCGUCGACGCGCGCAUGGGGGCCAAUCGUGUUGGGACUGUCGUCGGUGGGCUCUGGUGAAGUGGUAGCUAGGCCUGGUAAGCACUGACUUUCUCUGCUUUCUUCCCGCUCGUCAGCCCGUUCGUGA